AGCGACAAUCCCCCCCCCGCGUGGAAUCGUGUUCCGAAAGCGAGGUUCACGGCACCAGUGCCGGCGAGAACGACGACGCUCAUCGAAAAUACCACGGCGACGCACGACAAUAAUGACUGGAAGAGGCUCAAAGAGGCGGGGACGCCCGCCCAAGUCUGUGGUAAUGGAACGUCCGAAGAAGUUCCAAUAUCACCUGAUGAAAAAGCCCAAGUAUCUACAGAACAGGACAGCCGGUGUGCUUAGUGGCGGUGCUGAGACCCCGGGCUCCCAGCCAAGCACUCCAACGGCGUCGCGUCCGACCUCACCGUCGGUUGAGAGCGAAGAAAGCAGCAAGCGCAACACGAGAAAUCAGCGUAAGUCACGUAGUGGUCGUGAUCGACACUCCCGCAAGGGUGGCCACGCUGGAUCCACAGGUGGUGCUUAUCAGCGUCGCGGUUACAAUCCCAACGUGGACUAUCAUGACUCUGAAUACCAUUAUGGAUCUGAUUUUGGCGAUGAGUCUAGCGAGAAGAGCGAACCAGAGGAAGAUCCAUUGCCGAGUGAUGUGGACACUUCUGAGAGCAUAGAGGAACCUGAUCCCUCGAGUGAUAGUGAUUUUUCACUAUCCAGUUAUAGUACUACUAGUGGCACACCCAGAAAAACUUUGCUUGCUCAACAACGGCCACCUAGUCCAGAGCCGCUGUGGCUGCAGAACAGAGAAUUACCACCAUUAGUGUUACCCAAGUCUUCAGAUGAUCUGUUGGUCCCUAAAGAACUGGUUAUGCCGUCGCUCUCCAUCUACGAAGUACUCAGGCAUUUUCGUUCCCUGGUACGUCUAUCCUCCUUUAGAUUCGAAGAUUUUUGCGCUGCUCUUAUGUGCGAAGAUCAAACUAACUUAUUGGCGGAGAUUCACAUUAUGCUAAUCAAGGCACUAUUGCGAGAGGAAGACUCGCAGCAGACGCAUUUUGGUCCACUAGACCAAAAAGAUUCGGUGAACGUUAGCUUGUAUUUUGUGGACUCCAUGACUUGGCCAGAGGUGCUACGUUCAUAUGUGGAGAGCGAUAAGGGUUUUGAUCAGAAUAUUUUACAGACAUUAAUCACUACUGAAUAUCCUUUUACUGCCAUCGAGGAUAGAAUCAAGGUCUUACAAUUUUUAACAGAUCAAUUCUUAAUAACAAAUCCUGUGAGAGAGGACCUAUUGCAUGAAGGAACUAUGCAUUAUGAUGAUCACUGCAGAGUAUGCCAUCGACUAGGAGAUCUGUUGUGUUGUGAGACUUGUCCGGCUGUUUUUCAUUUAGAAUGUGUAGAACCACCUUUGGUCGAUGUUCCUACUGAGGAUUGGCAAUGUAGUACAUGUAAAGCUCAUAAAGUGAUCGGUGUUGCGGAUUGUAUACCCGAUGUUGAAAAGAAUGGAUCGUUAUGUAGACAAGAGCAUUUAGGAUUCGACAGACAUGGCAGAAAAUAUUGGUUUCUUGCAAGAAGAGUUUUUGUUGAAAGCGAAGAUGGUGAGGUGUGGUAUUAUAGUACACUUUUGCAAUUAGAGGAACUAAUGCUUGCAUUAGAUCAAAAUGAACUGGAAGUAGCACUUUAUCGUGAAUUAUCAGAUUACAAAGAGGAAAUAGUCCGUCAAAUGGAGCUUACAGAGACUAUUACUAAUCAAUUUAAAGGAAACAAAAAAUCAUAUCUAGAAACAGAAAACAAUCUUAUACAAAAGAUACAAAAAGAACGACAAGAGAAACAAGAGAAAGAGGAGGAAGAGAGAAAGGAAAAGCAGAGGCAAGAGGCAGAGGAAAUGAUACGGAAGAUGCACGAGAAUACAGAUGCUCUAGAUGAACGUACUGCUGUAAUAACGGAACAGAGUGAAACAAAAAUUUCCGGUGAUGAGUCGACUCCAGCUGUACAAGUACCUGAGGUGGUCGGCGAAACUGUUGAGGUCGACGCCGAAGUAUCAAAUAUGACAAAUACGGACAAAACUAUUAAAACAAGCACCUCUACAUCAUCGUCUGAAGACGUUGAUGAAGAUACGUUAGAAGGAGAGGAAAAAGUAGGAAAAGACGGCAAAAAACAUACUAUCGUGACAAGAUCGAAGACUGGUUCGUUGCAACCGCGAACCUUUAAUAUGGACGAUAUAAAAAGACGAAGCAUGGCACCAUUGUCGAAGGAAGAGCAAGAGAAGCUAGACAAGAGUUUAAAAGAUUCUGAAAGCGACGGGAACACCAGGGUAACGCGUCAAAAAGCACAUCAAAUCGCAUCUGGUACACACUUAUUCAAAUUGGGCAUGGACAAUAACUUUAAGUCGUACGUCAAUCAGUACAGCACCAAUCCUAUCGCACUAAAUAAGACUCAGAGAAACGAGGAACGCGACAAGAAACGUCACUUAUCGCACAAGUUCUCGCUUACACAAGCAUCAGAAUUUAAAUGGGUGGGCAGUCUGACGGGUACUCGUGCUCUGUUAGUCAGUACCUUACGUCAAACGAUCUUACAACUUGAAAGCAAUAUUCAGGCGUCGUUUAUGCACAUCAAUUGGCCAUUACUACGCAAACCAUGGACUACGGCAGUGGGAUCAUGCGUGAAUCCACGAGACUUCGCGCGCACUCUUAUUGUCCUACAAGCAUGCAUUAAAUCUGUCGUAUUUGCGAGCGUGUGGCAUGAUCAACUCGGUCAUGUGAAACUGCAACGGGUGACUGCUCUCGAACGCGAGGAGAAAAAGCGCCAGGACAAAAAGGAAAAGAAAGAGAAAGAAGAUGAAGAGGAGCGUAAUCGGCUCUUUAAUUUCGUCAAGUACACACUCGGCCUGAAGCAUCAGGUAUGGAAGCAGAAGGGUGAGGAGUAUCGGGUGCAUGGUCAGGGUGGCUGGCUCUGGGUGUCAUCCAGACGCCGUCACCGAGUCUCGGAUAUGACAAAGAUGGGCUUACGAGCCGGUCCACAAAAAAUUAUGGUACAGAUCAAGGAUCAGAAUGUCCUGAAAAUACUUGCAGUUGACCCAUCUACUUAUGAAUUUCUUAUCAAAGAAUAUUGUCCGAGUAAAAUAGAGAAUGGUAUUGUGAAACAAGAAAUCAAAGAGGAAGGAGUAGAAAAUGGUACAAUAAAACAGGAAUGUGACAUGGAAAAUAUAAAAAAGGAGCCUACGACUGACAGCAAGACGAACGGUGUUGAUGCUUCUCCAUUAGUGAAACUAGAAUCCCAAUCGGUCAAGCAAGAAACAAAGAAUUUGUCAAGUAUGUAGCAAGUUUAAUUUGAAUUUAAUACAAUAAAUAUAUUUUUCAACA